AUGGCCUUGGACGUCAAAUCCUUCAUCCAAACUCAUCAGCUACAAUGUCCAACUGUCAUUGGUCAUUCCAUGGGCGCCAAAACUGCUAUGGUACUUGCUCUGGGAUCCCCAGAACUGGUGUCUGAGGUAGUCGCUGUUGAUAAUGGACCCAUUGAACUCCCCCUUUCUCCAGACUUUCAAACAUAUCUUGAAGCCCUGGAUCAGAUCCAAAGCAUGCGAGUGACUAAUCACCGCGAAGCUGACAAGAUUCUUCAGCAUUCAGUGAUGUCUCCGUCGGUUCGAUUGUGGCUCUUGAGCAAUUUUAUCAAGGAGAAAGAUGCAUCACAUCUGAAGCUGCGUCUUUCUGUAGAUAUUCUGAAAAAAGCACUGGUUCCAUUGGGGCAGUUCCCAGGAUCUGGAACAUUCUCAAAGCCGGUCUUAUUUCUUCGGGGUCUACAGAGCCAAUAUAUCCCCGAAACAACAUUUCCCUUGAUCUCGUCGCUAUUUCCUCGCUCUGAGAUAGUGAAUAUCGACUGUGGACAUUGGGUAGUACAAGAAAAACCAGAGGAGUUCAGGCAAGCUGUCGUUCGGUUCCUACAGAAAACCAGUUGA